AUGAAUUGAAAUUGUGUCCUUUCAAACGAAAUUUCGUGGAAGCUGUAUGGGUUUUGGUACUUUGAUGGGAUCGAUUCCCUUUUAUUUUUUCAUUCUGAAUUGCCCAUUUUUGAUAGAGAAUCAUAUCUCUCAAAUAAAAGCCCUUUUGGUGAUAUCUCCAUCUCCUGCUGCUUCUCUCACUGAACUAUAGCUCUUUCCCAAAAAGUUGCAGAGAAGAGAAGGAUUACAUUUAGAGAAGAUCUCUCUCUCUCUCUCUUCUAAGUUCUUCCUUGUGUUUCUUUCAAUUUUAGCUUCUUCCCUUGCCUUCAACAGAAACAAGAGAGAGAAACGCAUCGGCAGCUUCAUUGUUAAAACUUAAAACCAAGGAGUUUUUUUGGAAGAAAAUGGCCGGAGAACUUGGAACUGAGUCCUCCGACUACAGAAGAGAGCUUUUAUCUCCUGGCACGGAGGGAGAACUGCCGAUCGAACAGUCAUGGAAGCUCAAUGUAGACGAGUUUCGCCUACCGGAAAUGCCCAAGAAAUCUCAUGUUGGUUUAGGAGAUUUCUUGACUCUGAGAAAGAAAGGAAAGAUUGCAAAAUAUUAUGAGAGGCAGGAGGACCUUCUAAAAGGUUUCAGUGAAAUGGAAACAAUGAGUGAAUCUGGCUGUGUGCCUGGAACCCUCACAGAGGGUGAACUGAAGAAGCUAGCAAAAGGCGAGAAGAUGGCCAUAUAUAUAUCAAACGUAGCGAAUUUGGUGCUUUUCAUAGCAAAAGUUUAUGCUUCAAUUGCGAGCAGAUCGUUAGCAGUGAUUGCAUCUACACUGGACUCACUUUUAGAUCUCUUAUCAGGUUUCAUUCUAUGGUUCACUGAUCAUGCCAUGAGAAAACCUAAUCACUAUAGCUAUCCCAUCGGCAAGAACCGGAUGCAACCAGUGGGAAUCAUUGUUUUUGCCUCGGUGAUGGCAACUCUUGGGUUUCAAAUACUGUUAGAGUCAGUUCGGGAGCUUGUCACAAAGUCUCAUCCCAGCUUGGACCAUGAGAAGGAGAAAUGGAUGAUAGGAAUCAUGGUCUCUGUUACAAUAGUAAAAUUUGGGCUCAUGAUAUUUUGCCGAAGAUUUAAGAAUGAAAUUGUUAAAGCCUACGCUCAAGAUCAUUUAUUUGAUGUGAUUACCAACUCCACUGGUCUAGUAACAGCAGUUCUUGCAGUAAGAUUCUAUUGGUGGAUCGAUCCAACUGGAGCUAUACUGAUAGCAUUAUACACGAUGGGUACAUGGGCAAAGACAGUAAGAGAGAAUGUUUGGUCACUGAUAGGUCGAACAGCUCCUCCAAAUUACUUGUCAAAGCUAACAUAUCUGAUAUGGAAUCACCAUGAAGAGAUCAAGCAGAUUGACACAGUUAGGGCCUAUACAUUUGGUUCAUAUUACUUUGUAGAGGUGGACAUAGUCCUUCCAGAGGACAUGCCAGUAAAUCAAGCGCAUAACAUCGGUGAGACCCUGCAAGAGAAACUAGAGCAACUCCCAGAGGUGGAAAGAGCUUUUGUGCAUAUAGAUUUUGAGUGCUCUCAUAAGCCAGAACACAAGACUAAGGUUUGAGAUCACUGCUGUUGCUGAUACCAGUGACAAGUUCAUCAGUGAUUCCAUAAUCUGACAUCAUUAAGAGAGUGGGAAUCUCAAAAUGAAGUGAUUAUAUCACAAUUUGAAGCUAAUAAGAUUUCUUCAGAACCAGUGCAUUGGAUUCUUACAGGGUUUGUACUUCGUAGUAUAGCCCUCCUUUCUUCUGUUUCUCUCAUUUAAAUGAAAUUGUUUCCCAAAUCA